CCUUUCCUCGGCCUGGCCCCCGGGCCGGCUGGCCGCCUCGCUCAAGACUCUGACCCUGCUCCUCUCGGUUCAGGCUCACGGGUUUCCCACACACCCCGUUGGCAGCCGCUGGAUUUCUGGAGCUGGGCAGCUGCCGGUUUCCUUAGUGAUGAACUCUGUUGCUUGCAGCAGGGGCCUCCUCCCCGUGGCCUAAGCCUGCCUCCCCGUCUCCGGCCCUGCUCCCUCCCGUUCCCGCAGCUCUCUGCAAGGCGCUGAGCGAGAUAGCGACCCGCAGGCCCGGGGAGCCCUGGCUGAGGCUGAACUUGGCUGGCUCUCUCUGCCACACGCUCAGGCCAGCUCCCUCCCGCCUGUCUCGGUCGCCACCCCAGGCCAUGGCCUACGCCGGCUCGGCCGUGCUGGAGGGGGACGCGGCUGCCUUCGCCGCAGCCGUCAGGAGCCUCAUCAACAACCCGCAGUUCAGCGAUGUGACGUUCGUGGUGGGCAGGGAGAGGCAGGAGGUGUUCGCCCAUCGCUGCAUCCUCACUUGCCGCUGCCAGGCCUUCCAGGAGAUGUUCAGCCAGCUCCAGCCUGAUGCCCAGGAGCCGUGGGCCCCCCAGACCCCAUUGGUCCUCAGCCACGUGCAGCCCGAGGUCUUCCUGGCCGUUCUCGAGUUCCUGUACACCAACAGCGUGACCCUCAACAGCUUCAUGGCCCUGGAGGUGCUCACCUCGGCUGUGGAGUACGGGCUGGACGACCUGAGGAAGCUGUGCGUCGAGUUCCUCACGGGUGCGCUGAGCGUGGAGCUGGUCUGCGAGGCGCUGCAGGCGGCUGUGACCUACAGACAGACAGACCUGCAGGAGCACUGCCUGGUGUUCGUGGAGGACCGCACGCGGGAGGUGGUGCAGACACGGAGUUUCCACGAGCUGUCGGCUGCGGCGCUGGUGGUCGUGCUGCGCAGCGACCGGCUGGCCAUCGACGAACCGGACCUGAUCCAGGCCGUGCGGGAAUGGGCCCACGUCAGCUCGGCUGUCCUAGAGCGGCCGGUGGCCGAGGUGGCAGCGGGGCCGGUGCGUGAACUCCGCCUGCCCCUGCUCUCGCCCCGCGAGCUGGCAGCCCUGGAGAGCCACAACCAGAGGGAUCCUCUCAUCCCGGUGCCACCCUCUGCGGCGCUGUUACUCACCCGGCGGCGCGACGGCUCUUCAGCGGCACUGAAGCUUCAUCGCCGCAAUGCCGCCGAAGACCCGGAGCGAGUAAGGGUCCCGCCACCGAGGCGCCGCUGAAGACCCGGAGCGAGUGACGGUCCCGCCACCAAAAUGCCGCCGAAGACCCGGAGCGAGUGAGGGUCCCGCCACCGAGGCGCCGCUGAAGACCCGGAGCGAGUGACGGUCCCGCCACCAAAAUGCCGCAGAAGACCCGGAGCGAGUGAGGGUCCCGCCACCGAGGCGCCGCCGAAGACCCGGAGCGAGUGAUGGUCCCGCCGCCGAGGCGCCGCCGAAGACCCGGAGCGAGUGAGGGUCCCGCCGCCGAGGCGCCGCCGAAGACCCGGAGCGAGUGAUGGUCCCGCCGCCGAGGCACCGCCGAAGACCCGGAGUUAGUGAAGGUCCCGCCGCCGAGGCGCCGCCGAAGACCCGGAGUUAGUGAAGGUCCCGCCGCCGAGGCGCCGCCGAAGACCCGGAGCGCCGUCCCGUCGGUAAAAGCGCCGCAGUAGGUGGUGCCUUUUUUUUUUCCGCUCCCCCUGUUCCCUCCACCUGGCUACGCCACUGGCCCAGCCUGGUGGGUGAGACCCUCCUGCCUCCCCCAGGGUGCAGUGCUGCCCAGGGACCCCCCUGAGCCGGAGGGAGCCCCAGCUUGGGAUGCCAGCUGCUUUGCAGCCCCUUUGUGCUUCUGCACAGGCCCUGCCUCAGGGCCGUCCUCUCCAGCGUGUGUCUGAUCCCGGAUGGGGGCUGGAUGCCCACAAGCCCCAGGGCCACACCAUGCCCCUCACCAAGUCACAGGGCCACCAAAGGAGGGGCCCAGCCCUGGCACAUGGUGGGCCAGGCCUCAGGGGGGUCACUCGGGGCCCUGGGGCUGCCCUGCAGCGCAGGCAGGAUCAAUAAAACUCCACAGAGCUCA